CCAAAGAAGCGACCCGUAACAAAAAACUAGGCUACAAAAUCUUUAAAGCUGGUUAUGUUGAAAACGUGAUGGUAAAGCCAGAUGUUAAGAUGGGGGAAAAUACUUUAUUUUUAGUUAAAUGCUCAGUCAAUGCUUCGAUGAAAAAAGAUGGCUAUAAUGUGUACGUUCACCUGAACUCAUUUUCAGGAAAAGUUGUCCACUCUAAUUGUAAGUGUCCAGGAGGGGAAGAAGGAGUUUGCAAACAUGCAGCUGCUCUUCUUUUCCAAUUACUUGAUUAUAAACAACUUGAAUUGUCCGAGGUUCCUGUGAAAGUUACUUGUACUGAAAAGCUACAGUCAUGGAAUGUCCCUUCCCUGUGUCCUGAGAAACGAGGUGCUGUGCUAUUUGAGGAUUUACUUUUUGAAAAGGCAGAUUGUGGGAGAGAUGAUUGUGGAGGUCGUAAGCGCCCUAUUAUCAGUGGCAAAAGAACAAACUUUGAAGCUGCACCAGCAUUUGCUACCAAAGUGACAAAGAAUGACCUGAAACGGCUCAGAAGCAGUCUUGAUGACAGUUCACCAUUGGCCAGUUUACUAGAUGAUAAUAAUUGCCAGCCAUUUGAUUAUGACCACUACACUGAAAAUCUACCAUCCAGGAAGAAAUUACUUCAAAAAUCAAAAGUUAUAAAUAAUUUAAAUGCAGAAAAUGUUAGAAAAUAUAUCUUGGAUCAUCUUGAUGACAAAGGCGAUCCUUUGAUAGCUCUGACCCAAGAUCAACAGGAACAACUCGAAGCCAACAACAUACUCAAUAAAGUUGAUAUAAAUGAAUCCCUAGAAAUUGAACGAAAUACCAGAGGACAAGCUGACUGUCCACAAUGGCAUGAACAUAGACAAGCCAGGCUCACUGCUUCAAAUUUUGGUUCUGUUUUAAACAGAAGGGAAAGCAUCCACCCUAAAUCAAUAUUGGUAAAAAUAAAAAGUAGUUCUACUAACAGACGAAUUCCACUAAGCUGUAAAUGGGGAAAAGACAAUGAACAAAGUGCACUCAUUAAAUAUUAUGAAUCCUUUGAUGAUAAAGUUGAAAUUUGUGAGUGCGUUGGUCUUAUCGUAAAUCCCAAAUGGCCAUGGUUGGGAGCUAGUCCAGAUGCAUUGGCAUUUUCCUCAGAAGAAUCCUCACCUUAUGGUGCUGUUGAAAUAAAAUGUCCAUCUUCCAAGAUUAACAUUACAAUUGCUGAAGCUUGCGAAGAUAAAAAUUUCUAUCUGUCUCAUGUCAAUGGAGUUAUCUCACUAAAAAAGAAACACCCUUACUACUAUCAGCUUCAAGGAAUUAUGGCUAUCUGCAAUUUACAUUGGAUUGACUUUGUUGUUUAUACUGUUUCAGACAUUCAUAUUGAACGUGUGUAUUUUGAUUUCGAGCUAUGGAAGAAUACAAUGCUGCCAAAACUAACAGGGUUCUUCUUUACAUAUCUUUUGUAAGUAUGAUAACUUUCCAAACUGUUUUUAACUGUUAUUGUAGGUCGCCCUCUUAAUAAGUUCAAAGUAUGAACUCAAGUUUGCAAAGACACUUUGAGCUUCAAAUGGCGCUCUAAACAAUAAUGGUUGUUAAUCAAUUAAAUUAUUGAAUUUCAGUAAUUUUACAAUUCAAUUAUUUAUUAAAAUUCAUCAUUCAUUUUUCAGAAAUAAGUAUAUAUUAUUAUUUUUUAAUAUUUGGGGAAUAUAGUAAAAAAUACUGUGAAAUACAAAGCUAUACAUAUAAUUGUAUUAUGUGUUUGCACUCAAUGUGUUAAUUGRUUUAAAAUAUACUGCCUUACAAAAAGAGAGGCUGCACACAGGACUGCAUUAUUAUACUUAAUGCAUUUAUCAUGUUACUUGCACACUUCGAGCCUUCAGUAUGAACAGCAGUGUUAGACUUAUUUCACAGAUUUAUUUCUUCACUGUACCCCCUUUUAAUAUAAAUAGAAAAUCUUAU